AUGGGUAGUGAUUUUGAUUUAAAAAUAUUUCGAACUCAGGAUUAUGAAUAUUCUUCUAAUGAUAAAUAUCUUUUUAGUGAAGAAGAUUUUCUCAAUGACGAAGAUCUUAAUAAUGAAGGUCUAUAUAAUGAAAAUUUUGACAAUAAAGAUUUUUAUAAUGAAGAUUCUUAUAAUGAAG